CUGAUGUUGAAUUUGAAAUGCCGUCCAUUCCCUCUGCCCAGAAUUUGUUUGCCCUGGAUGGUUUGGUUGCAGUAGUGACAGGAGGCGGGUCUGGGAUUGGGCUUAUGAUUUCGAGAGCACUUGCUUCAAAUGGUGCAUCAUCUGUCUACAUCCUUGGACUCCCAGAUGAUCCCCUCGAGGAAGUUGCAAAACAAUCUGCCCACUCGAACAUCCGUCCAAUUGUCUGUGAUGUGACCUCAAAGGCACAACUGCAAUUGGCAGUGGACCAGAUCACCCAAGAAACCGGCCAUAUCAACCUCCUCGUCUGUAAUGCGGGCAUGGCUCCACCACAGUACGAGACACAACCUUCAGAGACGUCCAGCAUCAAAGAAGUCCGCGAGUACUACUUCAACACUUUGCAAGUAGAAGAACACGCCGCAACAUUCAACUUGAACACAACAGCAGUUCUCCUUACUGUUUUUGCCUUCUUGGAACUCCUGGAUGCGGGAAACAAAGCCGCUGAGGCAGCCGGUUCCUCAUUGCCGAGGAGUCAAGUCGUGACUGUUAGCAGUGCGGGAGGCUUCUUUCGUGGCUAUGGAGAUUUCGUGUAUAAUGCGAGUAAAGCUGCAACAACGCACAUGAUGAAGCAUAUGGCCACUGCUCUGGUACCAUGGGAUAUUCGCUGCAAUGUCAUUGCACCAGGAUGGUUUCCUUCUCGGAUUACAGCAGAGCUGGUGAAAGAAUUUGAGCCCACGGGAGGGGUAAUGCCAAAAGCUUUGGUUCCGGCUCAGAGAAUUGGUGCAGAAGAGGAGAUGGCCGGGACUAUCCUUUACUUGGCAUCGAAGGCGGGCGGAUAUUGUAAUGGAAGUGUUGUGCUUGUAGAUGGUGGUGUACUCUCCAUUCAUCCUAGCACAUAUUGACGCUUGCAAAGAAGCAUGGUAUUGGGACCCAGGGGCCAGAGGAAACAACUGAAAAUCAGUAGUUCGAUGUAAAAAAAUAUUUUGAAAGAUCUUAUCUUCCAAAGGCCUAAAGUGAAGUUAUGACAGAUCAU